AUGUCUUCAAUCUUCCUCACUGGCGCGUCCGGCUAUGUUGGUGGCCAGGUCCUUCGCGAGCUGGUGCGCGGUCACCCAGAGUACGCCAUCACGGCUCUUGUUCGUGAUACCAACUCUGCAGCGACCAUUUCGCAGGACUACCCCAAGAUUCGCACCGUGAUUGGCGAUCUUAACGAUGGUGAUCUGGUGGAGCAAGAGGCUUCUCAGGCCUCUGUUGUAGUGCAUGUCGCGUCAAACAGCCACUUCGGCAGCGUGCAGGCUAUUCAUCGCGGGUUGCGAAAGCGAGAGACCCCCAGCUACUGGGUUCAAAUUUCUGGGGCCAGCGGCCUUGCUGUAGAGGAAUUGGCAUCUCCAUCAUUCAAGCCUGGAGAGCCUUCAGAUGACGUCUGGGAUGACCUCGCUGGCGUCGCAUCCAUCCGAGACCUUCUCAAAGCCCACAAGUCGCGGGCGGUUGACAACUACAUUCUAGAUGUCGCCAAGCAAACACCUUCAGUCAAGACAGCUCUCGUUCUACCCCCCAUCAUCUACGGAAAGGGUCAAGGCCCCAUCAAGCAGCGCAGCUACCAGAUCCCCGCGCUGGCCAAGGUCGCCCUGGAGAGAGGCCGUGCAGUAAGAGUCGGGCGGGGUCUGAGCCGAUGGGGAAACGUUCAUGUCGCCGACAUUGCGAGGCUGUUUACCGUUUUGGCUGAGGCUGGCGCGAAGGGCAAUGACGAUAGCAAGAUCUGGGGAGAGGAUGGCAUCUAUCUGACAGGUGUUGGAGAGAUUUCGUGGGCCGACAUCUCGGACAGAGUCGCCCAAGCGGCAAAGGACCAGGGCCUUCUGGAGACCACUGAAGUGGAGGAGCUUCACCAGCCCGAGGCCGACACUGUACUGCCCUACAGCUCUGUCCUGUUCGGCAGCAACGCUAGAAGCAACGCCCGUCGUGGCGCUGAGCUGCUGGGAUGGAAGCCCGCAGAAGAGGGCAUUGAGGCCGAGAUCCCGAGAGCGGUAGCGGAGGAGGCGGCUGCGAAGCGACAGUCUAGCCUGUAG